AAGAAAUAACCAUAGCCUAACCUCGACUUGAAUCCAUCAUUUGACAACUAUCAAAAAAAAACUUUAAUUUUCAUUGCAUAUUCACUUUUGCGGGUUUUAAUUAUUAUUGUACAGUAUGUCGAAGCCGGGGACGUCCAGUGGAGACACCCAGUCGCAAACUGCUCAAAAAACCUGGGAAUUGUCCAAUAACAUGGAAACAAUCAGUUCAGUGGAUGAAAUUUACAAAUAUGAUAGAAAACAACAACAGGACAUUCUUACUGCUAAGCCCUGGGACAAAGACCCUCACUUUUUCAAAGACAUCAAAAUAUCAGCUCUAGCUCUCUUAAAGAUGGUGAUGCAUGCUCGAUCUGGAGGAACCCUAGAAGUCAUGGGCUUGAUAUUGGGGAAAGUCGAUGGAAACACCAUGUUUGUGAUGGAUUCGUUCGCCUUACCAGUCGAAGGAACUGAGACUCGAGUGAAUGCCCAAGCGCAAGCAUAUGAAUACAUGAGCUCCUACAUAGAAGCUGCAAAAAUGGUUGGACGGCAGGAGAAUGCAAUUGGUUGGUAUCACAGUCAUCCCGGUUAUGGUUGCUGGCUUUCUGGCAUUGAUGUCAGCACCCAAAUGUUGAAUCAGAACUUUCAAGAGCCAUUUGUUGCUAUUGUUAUUGAUCCAGUUCGCACCAUAUCGGCUGGCAAAGUCUGUCUAGGGGCUUUCAGAACUUACCCAAAGGGCUAUAAACCACCAAACGAAGAACCAUCCGAAUACCAAACGAUUCCUCUGAAUAAAAUCGAAGAUUUCGGAGUUCACUGCAAGCAAUAUUAUUCGUUGGAAGUGUCUUACUUUAAGUCCACAUUGGACCGAAGAUUAUUGGAUUCUUUGUGGAAUAAAUACUGGGUAAACACCCUCAGCUCAUCCAGUUUGAUUACCAACGCCGAUUACACUACUGGACAGAUCUUCGACUUGUCUGAGAAGCUUGAGCAGUCUGAGGCGGCUAUUGGCCGGGCAGGAUUUCUUGCUGGAAGCGCAGAUCCAACGGAGAAGCGCACGGAAGACAAGUUGCUGAAGGCUACAAAAGACAGCUGCAAAACCACGAUUGAAAUUAUUCACGGCUUGAUGGCUCAAAUGAUCAAAGACCGAUUGUUCAAUAGUAUCACUCCAGGUAAAGUGUGUGCCCCUGAACACUCGAAUUAACUUAAACCGAUGUGAAAUUUUAAUUAUAAGUUGUCUAUAAUGGUUUCAACACAUAAUGCUAAUUUAAAAUGAAAGUGUAUGAAAUAAAACUCGAAAGAUAUUG